UUGGGAUAAGGAAACCAAUGGCGCAAUGGUUUAUCAAUGUGACAUACCUUCCACUCACAUAACCCCAUAUUAAAUAGUCUUUAUCUAGCCAAGGGUUUCGUGUAUGUUGACUAAAACACACGAGGGGAUAUAGUAGCCUACAUCUGGAUUCGUCAGUGUGACUGUAGACCAGUGUUCUCUAGUGACUGAGGACUGAUAGGUUGAGAGAGUGCCCGGGCCCGAUGUACUGUGAUCCGCGGAUUCGCAGACGGGGGGGUUGGGUGGCUGUGCGGAUUGGUUGCUCAGCUCUGCUCGCCAACACAGCCAGUCCGUCUAGCACGGUUUGUUGUAACAUAACUGGAGGGGCAUUUCGACAGCCCGCAAAACAACCAUGUAGUAAAAAUGAUAGUGUAAUUGCUAGGGACUAAGGUGGUGUACGCUACACUGACUUUUUAUGCACUAAAAUGGAAGGUUACAUUUUUCUUUGGUCUAUUGGUGACUGUUUUGGAAAGGCCGCCGCUGGUGAGAUAGGACAGGAGGUGAAGGGGAGAGAAUGAGAGCUGUUGGUCUUUCUUGGCCUAGUGCUGCUGCUACUGCUGGGAUUGUGCAGAUCCGCUUUCACAAAUCGAAAAAAACACACGCUUCAUGCCCCAAUCUGAAAGACCCGCAGUUGGUGUUAUUGUGACCGACCUCCAAAUGGAAGGAGCCAUGACAACAUGAAUUCUUCAUACAGACGGGCUGUUCGGGGCGGCUCAGCUUCAGCCACAUCUUAUAGCUCAGGCCAGCCAGAGCUGAGGCCCCCCAAUCGCCUCUCAGUUUCCACCACUUUGUAUAGAAACCAGUGCAACAGCAGCGCCAAGCGUGGCUCAACAGACCAACCUUCGACGGCCAUGCAACUGUCAACCUCUGCCCUCAAACAGGCACCUAGCUACGGGUAUAACCAGACAGAGAGGGAGAGGCCCCACUGCUACAGUCCUCUGCUGAGGCUCCAGGAUCUCUCCACUAUGGUACACAGACCUGGGUCUGAUCUGGGACCCGGGACCCAGCCCAAGGACCUCCAUGCCAGGAACCAUUUGCACUCUCACAGCCCAGUGGGAGGCUCAAGUUUUGGGGCUCCCCUGGUCCGACUGCCCCCCUCUACAGGUAACGAAGAGACAGAACCCUGCGAGGAUUCCAUGCAGGAUCAGAACGGUUUCUCUCCUGUUAGUUCUGAUAGUUUGGAACGCUGCUCUCCCAUCCCCAAUGGAUACCUGCAUUUCGAGUCCACCUUGUUUGACAGUGGGGACAGGGAGGAUGAGGAGGAUGAUUUGGUACCCUUUCAACAACACUCUUCUAAGUCCCCCAGAGACAGAACGGUCACAGACUCUAACACCACCUCUGGUUCAGGGGUAGGCCAUAACAGCACAUACAAACCCUCUGUUCUCAACCUGAUGUCUAAGAGUCUAUCUGAACUGGACCCUACUCUGAGCCCCAGUGCCCUGCCUGACAUGUCCAUGGGGGAUGGCUGGAGUAUGGACCAGGACUCUGACAGUGACAGUGACAGUGCGAUGACAGGAGACACACAUGACAAUGGUCUCAUCUCACCUGUUGGAACCAAUUCUAAUUCCAACAGCCCAAAGAAGAAGCCCCUCCCAGCAGUGCAGUACUUGGAGGGAGAUCUGGUCUGGGCCAAGUUCAACCGCCGCCCCUGGUGGCCCUGUAGAGUUACCAUAGAUCCUCUGGAGGGGAUACACACACGCAUGAAAGUCCCCAGUCGUCGCCCUUGUCGUAUGUAUUACGUGGAGACUGUGGCGGAGAUGGCAGACCAUGCCUGGGUACCUGGGAAAGUGACCUACCCCUUCACAGGAGGAGAGCAGUUCACAGACCUGCCUGUGCUGAGACGGAGAGGGAAACAGAGGGAAAAGGACUACAAAUACACAAUACCCAAGCGUCUGUUGGAGUCGUGGAAAGUCAGUGUGCUGGAAGCUGAGUUUCUCCUACCUGACCUGCUGAAGAAUACUGUUGUCUCUUCUUCCAUGGCCUUUAACGGUGAAGAGCGGGUGUCCUCCCCACUGCCUGAUGAAAAAACAUCCGAGGCCCCCUCUUGUUCCUCCUUUAACCUCACUGCACCCCCCUCACUCAGCCCUCCCCCCAACAGAAACAAACAUCCCCCUGCUGCCGACCUGGCCGUAGCGAACGACAGUAGCAGCAAAAAGAAACCCUGCCAGAAGAAGAAGAAGAAGAGGAAGGGUUUGGCGGAGAUCUUUGGUCAUAUAGCUGCAAGUCCCACAGAGUCAAUAAGCAUCCUAGACUUGGCCAACCAAAUGCCAGCUGCCGCAGCUGAUCCACUGAAAGAAGAAAAUCCCAAGGACUCUCCAUACGCAGACCUGGAUUCUGUACCAACCAUUGUGCGUCCCAAACGGUCUGAGAAACCUGCUAAAGAAGACCCAGAGAAACCGUCUGAACCCUCACAAGAGGAGGUAGAGAAAGGGGGCAAGAAGGAGCGGGUUACUCUUCCUGAAAAGACCAAAGACAGGCAUGUGGUCAUGGUGGUUCCUAGGCAUAUAGUUCCUAUAUCCUCAUCUCCAAGCAUUUUAGCAAACAAAUCUCUUUUAAAUUACAGAACUACAAAUGUUUUACAGUCAAAACAGAAGUUGGGCAGCUCUUCUGAACUGACGAAUAAAAAUGAUCAUGAUAAGCAGUCUCUGCAUCUCCCUGCCAGCAGACGUCUGAUGACCAGGGCCCUGAAAACAGAGAAGGAGAUGGAACUCAAAGAGGCUCUGCUGGCCUCAAGCCAAAACUUGAGAGACGAUAGGCUUAAUGUGCGUUCUUCUGAUGAUGAUGAUGAUGAUGUGAGCGAUAACGUUCAGAUCAGAACAGAGUCGUCUACUAGCAGGGAUUCUUCACCAGACAAAGCCAGAUCCUCUGCUAGUCACAGCUCUCCUAAAAAUCUGCCCAAGUCUGAUUGGAAGCACCUCCACAACGGAUCAUGGAAAAAUUCUGAAGAUGUGACUCCAGGGUCCAGUAAGCCUGUCAUACCCUCUAUUAAGGUCAAGGAAGAGAACAUUGUCUCAGACAUAUCUUCCUGUUCUUCCUCCACCUCCUCUCUCUCUCCCAUGGACACUUUCCAAGAUAUCAAGGAGCUGUCAUUCAAAUCCUUAGUGAAGGAGGAGAGAGACUCUGGGGACUCUAACACUAACUUUAAACCUGAGCCUAAUUACAAGUUCAGUACGUUCCUGAUGCUCCUGAAGGACAUGCAUGAUACCAGGGAGAAAGAGGGCAAGCCUUUGACCAUGCCUCCCUUGCCAGACCUCAUCAAGGAAGAACCCAUGGUAAUACCCACCGCCCAACCACCAGACAACCCCCUUAACGCUGCUGCUGGCGGGGACUGGACACCAACGGGGACCAAAAUCCAAAACGGCCAGCAUGCGAGCUCGCCAACAACCAAGAGAACACCGGCCAAACCCAAGUCUAAAAAUAAACCCAUCAUAAAAAACGAAACGUACAAACUUGAAGGGAAAACGGUGCUGGCUCAGAUGGUGGCGAACGCGGUAGAGAAGCAGCAGCGGAGGAAGCCGAGGCCUCCAGCCAAACUCCGGGCCACCAUCGCUGGUCUCUCUCCCGAGAUGGCCGACCUAGCCUGGGGGAGGGAGUUUGUCUCUGGGCACGCUGACCUGGCUGAGCCUGGCCUCGGCCCUCCUCUUCCUCCUGUCCCCUCCGCUGCUGACUCCUCAUCCUACCUCGACAAGUGCCCGGGUACCAAAGUGGCCCCUAAGAAGCGCUGGCAGACGUUUGCGCAGCAGGGGCCGGUGAAGCCAGGGAAGGAUCCAGGGGACCUGGGUGGGGUGGCCUCACCGCAGGGGCCUGUGGAGGUGAAUGGGAUCUACAGAGAUGGCCAGGGAGGGACACCAGACCGCAUCAGGUCCCAUGAUCUGAACCUGGGGAUGGAGAAGCAAGAUGACACAUCAGCACAUUCUGAAAACAAACGGCUGAGGAAACCCAGCAAAAGACUGCUGGAAUCUACAGAGGAGGAACAAUUCUUCUCCCCGAAGAAAAAACUAAAGAAACCUCUGGAAUCUUCCAAAACUCCUCUGAGCCCUCCCACAGUUCCAGGCCCAGCCCUGCUAACAUCCACCUCUACCCCCAGCCCCACCCCCACCCCUGGGCCUACCUCUGGGGAGCCAGCCAGCCCCACCCCUGGCCCUACUUCUGGGGAGCCAGCCAGCCCCACCCCUGGCCCUACCUCUGGGGAGCCAGACAGCCCCACCCCUGGCCCUACCUCUGGGGAGCCAGCGAUCACCACCCUUGGAUCUACCUCUGGAGAGCCAACCAUCACAACCCCUGACCCUAACUCUGGAAAGCUAGCCAGCACCAAGGCCCUAGCAGGGCUGAAACAGAGUCUGUCUCAAGAUGUCCUCCACCGUGUUAUAAAAUCAUUAUCCAAACAAUCCUCAGCAGUGACCACUUUCUCUACUGAAUCAACAUCAUCAGAUGUGACAAACCCUCCUCUGCCCUCUGCCCCAGUAUCCCUGGAGAGGAAGAGGCCAAGGAAGCCAUCUCACAAGGUCCUGGAAUGCACCAUAGAAGAAGUGUCACUCAGUCCUCCAAAGAAGAAGGAGUUGAAGAAGCAGAGUGGACAGACAGAGGAGAAGACAGAAGUCGGGGACACUCAGGAUAAGUCUGUCAAGAAAGAAGUGCCUGUAUCCAGUGUGACAACUCCAGAGAGCAUGGUUUCUCUGCAGGCGUCCUCUCCUGCCCGGCCCUCUAGCCCUACGGUGCUCCUCACCCCCAAGGAAGAGACCGAGAAGAUCAGUCCUGGGGUGGGAGGAGAGGGCCACACCAACGGAGAGAGAUCACCCAAACCUGAGGUGUUCUCUCCUGGUCUGAAUGACAGUUUCUCCCUACCCGGUGAAGGGUCCCUGGUCUCCAGCACUAAGAAGAACACAGCAGAGAAAGGAGGAGCUGCGUCCAUGAAGGAGAAUGUCUGUCAGGUGUGUGAGAGGACAGGUGAGCUGCUGCUGUGUGAGGGCCAGUGCUGUGGGGCGUUCCACCUGCAGUGUAUCAGCCUAUCAGAAGCCCCCAGAGGGAAGUUUAUCUGUAGUGAAUGCACUAUAGGGAUCCACACGUGCUUUGUGUGUAAGAAGUCUGGCGACGGUGUGAAGAGGUGCAUGGUGCCUGUAUGUGGGAAGUUCUACCACAACGAGUGUAUCCUGAAACACACACCCACCCAGCCCCAGAAUAAAGGGGUUCGCUGCUCCCUCCACGUCUGUCUGUCCUGCCACAUCACCAACCCCCUCAACUCCUGCACUUCUAAAAGUCGUCUGACCCGCUGCGUGCGUUGCCCUGUGGCGUACCACGCUAAUGACUACUGUAUGGCGGCGGGCAGCGUAGUCCUGGCCAACAACAGCUUCCUGUGUCCCAACCACUUCAUUCCCCGCAAGAACUACAAGAACCAUGAACACAUCAACGUCAGCUGGUGCUUUGUCUGCUCAGAAGGGGGCAGUCUGUUGUGCUGCGAGUCUUGUCCUGCUGCCUUCCACCAAGAAUGUCUGAACAUCGAGAUGCCCGAGGGGAGCUGGUUCUGCAACGACUGCAAGGCUGGGAAGAAACCACACUUCAAGGACAUCCUCUGGGUUAAAGUGGGAAGAUACAAGUGGUGGCCUGCGGAGGUGUGUCUUCCUAAGAACGUCCCAGAGAACAUCCUCCGUAUGAAACACGAGGUGGGGGAGUUCCCCGUUCAGUUCUUUGGUUCUAAGGACUACGCCUGGACUUACCAGGCCCGAGUCUUCCCUUACAUGGAGGGAGAUGCCAACAACAAGGACAAGAUGGGGAAGGGUUGUGACGCCAUCUACAAGAAAGCUCUGAAUGAAGCUGCUGAGCGGUUCAAAGCUCUUCAGGAUGAGAAGGAGAUGAGACAGCUUCAGGAGGACAGGAGGAACGACAAGAAACCUCCUCCCUACAGACACAUCAAGGUGAACCGACCAAUCGGCAAGGUCCAGAUCAUCACGGCGGACCUAUCGGAGGUGCCGCGCUGUAACUGCAAGGCGUCUGAUGAGAACCCGUGUGGCAUGGACUCAGAGUGUAUCAACCGCAUGUUGAUGUAUGAGUGCCACCCUCAGGUGUGUUUGGCAGGGGAGAGGUGUCUGAACCAGAGUUACACCAAGAGACAGUACACCCAGGUGGAGAUCUUCAGAACCUUAUCACGAGGCUGGGGGCUACGGGGCGUCUCCGACAUCAAGAAGGGUGCAUUUGUGAAUGAGUACGUGGGGGAGGUGAUAGACGAGGAGGAGUGCAGAGCCAGGAUCAAACAUGCUCAAGAGAACGACAUCUGUAACUUCUACAUGCUCACUCUGGACAAGGACCGGAUCAUAGACGCUGGACCCAAGGGGAACCAGGCGAGGUUCAUGAAUCACUGCUGCCAGCCCAACUGUGAGACCCAGAAGUGGACAGUAAACGGAGACACCAGGGUGGGGCUCUUUGCCCUGGAGGACAUCCCCAAAGGUGUGGAGCUGACCUUCAACUACAACCUGGAGUGUCUUGGUAACGGGAAGACCGUGUGUAAAUGUGGAGCGUCCAACUGCUCUGGGUUCCUGGGGGUUCGACCGAAGAACCAGCCAUCUAAAGCACGGGAAGGAAGGGAACUAAAGGAGGGCAAGAAGAAGGUUCUGGUGAAGAGGAAGCCUCAGCAGGAGGUGACGAAGGAGAGGGAGGACGAGUGUUUCAGCUGUGGGGACGGAGGACAGAUCGUGUCCUGUAAGAAGACAGGAUGUCCCAAGGUCUACCACGCAGACUGUCUCAACCUGGCCAAGAGACCUGCAGGCCGUUGGGAGUGUCCCUGGCACCAGUGUGACAUCUGCGGUCAUGAGGCAGCCUCCUUCUGUGAGAUGUGUCCCAGCUCCUUCUGCACGCAGCACCGUGAGGGCUUGCUCUUCAUCUCUAAGAUAGACGGGCGGCUCGCCUGCAACGAUCACGACCCCUGUGGACCCGAGCCCCUGGAACCCGGGGAGAUCAGGGAGUACGUACCUCCUGGGGGCAUGCCACUCCCCCACCUCCUCACCCACCCCCAGGGUCAGGUCCCACCCAGGCCUGGUUCCACCACUGCUGGUUCUAUCCCCUCCACAGUUGCCCCAGGCCUGGCCCAGGACUCGCUACUGCCCCCUACAGGGAGCCUGUUCCUCAACACCUCCCAGACCUCCAACACUUUCUCAUACGGACCCCCUAGCAGUCCCUACAUGUCUGAUAGUCAAAUACUGCACUUCUCCCCUCCUUCUCCCCCCUCCUCCUACAAGGACGAGAAAGAGGAGGAGGAUGGAGAGCUGGAAGACGGACAGGUGGGUGGGAUAGAAGAGGACGAGGAGGAGGAAGAAGGAGAGGAAGAAGAGGAAGGUGAGGACGAGGAGGAAGAAGAGGCAAUGGAGGUAUUUGAGGAGGAGGAGGAAGAAGAUGAGCAGUAUGAGGGCGGACUAGGAGAAGAGGAGGAGGAAGGGGGAGAUGUGUAUGAUACCUGGGGGGACUACAUGGAGGAGGAGCCAGAUGAUGAGGGGGAGGUAGAGGGAGAGGAGGAGGAGGAGUGGGGGAGGGUGGAGGACGAAGAGAAAUGAACUCCGUUUUCAUCCCUCCCCCUUGUCUUCCAUUCCUUCUUAGAUCUAUCCAUCUCUACGAAAAUACUGUUUCUAGCUCUCAUCUCACUAGAGUGACAUUCAGAUAGACAGACAAUGAGAGACAGAGAGAGAAAGACAGAGAGAGAGAGAGAGAGAGAGAUUGUCCUGGUGGUACCAAGUGAAUUGCGAAGCUGCCUUUGUGUUCAUACUGCAUAGCCUUCCUAUCCCCAGCACAGCACAGCAUAGCACAGUGUGGACUGGACUGGACUAACGUUGUGUAAGGGAUAGGAAGUGGUGCUAAUGGGCUGGGAGGACUGCUCUGGUCAGCCUCUGGUCCUUCCGUUGAUAUGUUAUUAGUGUCUGCUCUGGUCAGCCUCUGGUCCUUCUGUUGAUAUGUUAUUAGUGUCUGCUCUGGUCAGCCUCUGGUCCUUCUGUUGAUAUGUUAUUAGUGUCUGCUCUGGUCCUUCUGUUGAUAUGUUAUUAGUGUCUGGUGCUGUUUUUCUUCCUCUCAAAAAAGUUGUUUACAUUUUUGUUCUUGCUUAUUUUUUUUACAAUUGGAAAACAAAACAGGAUGGGCAACCUCACUCAGCCACACCCUGCCUAGACCGGCCAUGUUGCAAAAUACAAAUACAUGUUAUUCAGUCAUUUCAUCCACACUGCUUACACAUGGCAACUAACCUCUUUGAUUCCUAACUCUAAAAUAGAACUUGGUUAUAUUUGAGACACUCGAUGCGCUCCAAGUCCCACAUCUCUCAUAUCCUUUUUGGUUUUCAUGAAGAUACAACCCAACAUGGUUGAAAGGAGAAACCUGGAGAUAUUAAUGAAAGACAGCUAGGUUGCCCUUUUUAUCUGUGGAUUAUUGGUUGGAAUGGAGAGACACACAAUGGGACCACAUGCAUGGGCUCCUGAGUGGUGCAGCGGUCUGAGGCACUGCAUCUCAGUGCUAGAGGCGUCACUACAGACACCCUGGUUCCAAUCCAGUCUGUAUUACAUCCAGCCGUGAUUGGGAGUCCCAUAGGGCGGCGCACAAUUGGCCCAGCAUCGUCCGGGUUCGGCCGGUGUAGGCCGUCAUUGUAAAUAAGAAUUUGUUCUUAACUGACUUGCCUAGUUAAAUAAAGGUUACAUUUUCUUUUCUUUAACAAAAUGAUCAGGUAAAAUAACAACCCACUGUUCAUCUCCCAGGACAAACCGCUAACAGCAGCUAUCUAGCUUAUUGUCCAUGAAUGUUUCAUGUGUGUUUCAACCUGGCCCCAAAUGAAUAUAGUUGGAUCACAGUUGGUUUUGUUAUUUUAACCUGUGUGUCAUGGCGUCUAGUUCGAAUAGACAAAAUCAACACACGCAGAGUCAGUGUAGCCAUGGCGUUAGAUUUAGGAGCUCGACCAGUUAUCAAGAAUAAUCAACGAUAUGCUCUCAAUGAUCACUGAUUUUAAAAAGCCAUAACCAACUACUGGUUUGGACUUAUAACAUUGUUACAAAUCAGCCCAAUGUUGAAAUCUAAAGUGCAUCUCUCGUGAACGGUGAAGAAAACCCUUUUUGUCUACUGCAAAAGAUUGUUGAUAAAACUCUCAAAAUCCCUGAUUUUAAGAUCACAGAUUGUUUGUUCAUUACAUUAAGAUGUUUAUGGCUGGACAAACAGAAACAUUCCAAGAGUUCAGAACAUCACUCCUGUUAGUUGUGCGCACAUCAAUGUUUUGACCUUCAUUUAUGGCUUGUGUUACUGUUCCAUCCACAGAAUUAGAAGGAAAUGAAACACAUUCUAGUUCUAUGAUUCCAUCAUUAAAAGUCAUUCAACAGUCA